UUUCUAUGAGAAUUCGAUACCAAAGAAAUUACCAAAACCUAUUUAAUUUAUAAUUCGAUAAUCUGAAAUCAAAAUGCCAGAGAUAGGAGCAAUGAUGCGGGCGUUAGAGCUGCAGCGAUUACUCGAAGACAAAGUGACUGAGUGGCGGGAGAGGUCAACGAGGGUCGCCGGGGCGAGCGUGGCCGAGUCUUAUCAACAACCGCUCAACUUCAAGCGACACACAAACAGACGCAAAAACAGCGCUGAAAUAAACAGAAUUAUCGCAAAGUACUCGAAGCCCAACAAGCGGACAGUCGAGCCAAUCGUUGCACAGAUAAAUAAUGUUCAACCGCCGCAACGCCCUACCAGACAGAAAAAGAUUCAAUCCAAUUUAAAAUUAUCCAAGAGCGAAGAUAACCUCGUGCAAGCGACGAUUAUGGAUCACCCCGACCCCUCAGCGGAAUGUAAGUCGCGAUUUAACUUCAGCAAAUACAACGCCAGAAGCUGCGAAGACGUCACUGCGUUUGUUGACAUCGAACGCAACAGAAAAAGCAGGCAUUUUGAAGAAAACAGCAUUCUCAACGCGAAAGUCGUAACUCCAGAAGUGCCUAUACGAAUAAAAAGAUUACAAAGUAUCAGUGAGGAUGGAUUAGGCACAUCCACAUCUAAUCUUAAGGACAGUGGUAUAGAAGUCAGGACAUCGAAUUUUGCUACAUCGACUCCUAUUUCUAGGAGAAGAGUAGUGAGUGAAAAUGUAGCCGGUUUCGAGAAGUGUUCCAAAAAUUGUAGUGGUGAUAGUGCGUUAAGAAAAGGCAGUUCGGAACCAGAUAUUCUGAGUGUGAGUCCCAGUGAGGAGUCUGUCGGGACAGUGGGUUCUAAAAAGACUUUGAAGAGUCGGUGGAAGCUGCUAAAGCCUCCUUUUCGUAAAGGGACGUUGGAUUGUUUGAUACGUUGGCGAGGAAAGAAACAGCACGCCCAGGAAGAGAGAAUACAAGAAGUGGACGACAGCUUCUUCGAGAAAUUCGGGUCUUUAUUAAAGCAAGUGUCACUAAAAGCCGCCAUAGAAGAGGCGACCCCUCUAGCCCCUCUAAAAGAAAUCGAGGAAAAUGAUGGCGAGAAGGCCGAGGCGGAGCUUCUGGGGGAGAGCAGGAGUCUCGCGAGGGAUACUGACAGUGGGAAUGAAACCCUAUUGGACACGGACUCCGAGCCAGAAGAUCCUGAAAAGAUCGAGAGACUUGUCGAGGCAAUUGACUGGAACAUCGAUGAACUCUACCUGGAAAUCCUAUAUGAGAUCCUGCACAAUGUCGGCGGAUGUGACGUAGGCUGCGAGGCGGGGCAGCUGGCUAUGCUGUCCUAUAUUCAAGACGCCUUCAAGAUCUCUAAUGACAAGCACAAGGAACUCCUUACACAGGCGGAAGCUAAGGAACCUCCAGAACUGAUGCUAAACGUGGAACUAGUAGAGGCUAAAGACUUAGUGCCAAAGGACCCGAACGGUCUGAGCGACCCGUUCGUGACGAUAUACCUGAUGUCCAACUCCUCGCACCGGUACAACACGUCGGUUAAGUCCAGCACGCUCAAUCCUGUUUGGGAGGAGUAUUUCUCGUUGCCGAUGCGGGAAAACCUUCAGGAGGAUUCUCUUUGUUUAGAAGUCUGGGAUUUCGACCCCGCUGAGACAGUAAAAGAGAAGAUGACCAAGAUGUUCGAAGUUAAAGGGGUGAAGGGCUUCCGGAAGCUGAUGAAAGAGAUAGCCAUCACCGCCUCCUACGGCAAACAUGACAACGAACUCAUUGGCACGGCUAACAUUCCCCUCAAGUCAAUCCCAGCAAGUGGUAUGACAAUGUGGUUCAACCUCAGCAAGAAGAGCAAGCUACGGCGCCAGGGCGUGGUGAAGGUGCGGCUCAACUUCUCUUCCGAGAAGAACUCGCAGGUCGCGGCGCAGGAGCACCGCCAUCUGCUCAGGAUCAUGUUACUCCAUGAACUGGAGAAUUCCAAGGUGGCCCCAUACUGGUGGUGCGGCAACUUCAGUGGCCCUGCGGAGUCCAUAUUAACCCAGCAUGUGGCGCAAAGUGGUCUCUCGCCCACAGAGAACGCGCUCGCGCAGUGGAGUGUGUACUGCUCGCUCACUGUCGACCACCCGCUCAGCUUCGCUCUCUUCAACAUGCUGUUGGAGAAGAUCACCAAGCCUUUACAAUCUGGUCUCAUAAAAGAAGAGGACGUCAAGCUAUUCUGGGAUGGCGCCAAAAAACUGCUCCCGACAUGCUUCGGACAAAUCAGAAAGCUGAGGAAAAAGACUGCUGGCGACAACACCGUCAUGAAAACACUUAGAGAAGUCAUGAAAAUACUGUACAAAUUGUCCAUGUUAGACGUCCCCGACUCCGUUGAUCUGUUUCCUAGUAACGUGUAUGGUUGGUUGCGGAGUAAUGACAAGGGAAGGUUGACGAUUCAUGAGGUGUUGAACCAGGCGGCUAUCCAGGGCGCUUCCGAUUGGUUCGUGCAUAUUCUGGACAACAAUGAGUGCAAGGAUAAGACGGAGGAGUCAAGGUUGCAGCAUCUCAUCAGGGUGAUUCAGCUCGUGCGCUCUGAUCUGCAGAGAGCUAUUGAAUACCAUGAUAGAGUUUUCAUUGAAGUUAUGAAUUUCCCAUACUCCAAAGCGCUUUACGGACUAUACGAGAGCAAGAUCGCAUCUCUAGUGGAGCCCGAAGUAAUAGAAGUGUGUAAAAGCUUGAAGCGGCUGAACUACAGCGAGGGCUCGACGAGCAGCGUGCACCUCGCGGGGGGCCUCAACGGCGCCACGGGGCUGGGCGCGCCGCGGGUGGAGGACGAGCCGCUGGCCAUGGGGACCACUUUGUUUGAGCUGUAUCUGGCGCUGCAGAGGUUUUUGACACUCGGCCAAGGACUGAAUGAAACAGACUGGAGCUCAUACGCCAUAUCCAAAUUCCACUGGUGGUUCUUUGGCGGCGUGGCCCAAUGGCUCGACAUCGCCGCCUACAAGGCCCUGACUCGCAUCGAGAAAGCUGUAGACUUGGACCCACUAACUGUCAUUGACAGUAGCGUGAAGUACAGCAGUUCGGCUGUGGAUACGCUGCAAAUAUUUUAUCAGAUAAAGAUUUUCUGGACUCAGUUGGCGUGGCCUGAUGUGGAGGGGAGCUACACGUUUGUGGCUAAGAUUAUUGAUGACAUAUGCCGUUGCUGCGUGUUCUACUCUGACCGCAUGUCCGGCCGCGUAGACAACGCGGGCCGCGUCAGCACCGUGUUCGAGGAGCGCUUCGAGGUCACCUCCGAGUGGUGCGUCGCCAUCAACAACAUCGACUACGUGCGCCAGAGCUUGGAACCCUUCGUAGAAGAGUUGGGCAUGGACGAUAUUAUACAGAGGCUGUGCGAGUGCAAAUCUCCAGUUGAAGCGCAAAGAUGCAAAGACACCUUGCAGUGUGUUAUUGCCAACGCUAUUGAUACAGUAAAGAAUAAAAUUGUGGAGAUCCUAGAAAUAAUGGUCAAAAAGAUGAUGCCAUCCAUCACCCGGUUCCUAAUGGAGGGCGCGGAACUGCUGCACCAGGACUGCUCGAGCAUGGACCGCGUCAUGCGCUACCUCGAGGCCAACCUCGACACCCUCUACCAGCAGCUCAACAACGACAACUUCUCGAGGACCCUCGACAUCGUGUGGGAGCAACUCGGAGAGGUCCUCUACGAGUUGAUACAGGCCAACUUAGAGAAAGGGAAACUCGCCACCCGUAUCCGCUUGCUUAGGCGUAGGUAUUUCGACAAAAACAAAGUAUCUCCCAAUAGCAACUACCUCCUUUUCCGGCACCGAAAAGCAAAGAUAACUCGGUAUAUCGACCCGAGGCGCCUGACCAAAUCGGCUGCUGCCAAUUUAGAUGCGAAACGAAGACCACCCAGCUUUUUCUCCAAUCUCCACGAAUGCCUCAAAAUAAUGAUCCGAUCUUUCCGUCAAGACCACAAAGAUAUUUACUCAUCGGAGACAUUGAAACGCGUAGAAUACCUACUGAAACUUCACGGUAUGGAGACUAGAGAACUGAUACAUCAGUACCACUUGGAGAGAUGGCAGGAGCAACAAGCUAUUAAUGAACCAAAGAUGGGAAUACUCACCGUCAGAGCGCAGUUCAUUGAAGACAAUUUGAAGUUAGAAAUUUUGAACGCCAGGAAUUUGGUGGCGACAGAUUCUAAUGGUCUGUGUGACUCGUACGUGCGCGUGUGGCUGCUGCCGGAGGACUCGUUCGCCAACGUGAUGAAGCCCAAGACCCAGACGCAUAACAAGAAUCUCUUCCCGCUGUACGACGAAAUGUUCCUCAUCCCCCUGAGCCACGAGCAGCGGCGCGUGCGCGACGGGCUGCUGCACUUCGUGAUCAAAGACAAGGACAUGUUCAGCAUGUCCAACGCGUUCGUGGGCGAGGCCUACCUCAGCUUCGGCGACGUGCCCGACACCGCCGCGCCCAUCUCCAGUCUGCAGCAACAGCACUUGCCGCUCACGAGGCCCAGUGCCAUAGAUGGGGACGCGAUAAAGGCGCUCGAAUCGCGGCAGGGCGACAAGCAAGCACGGGAGUUCCUCAAGAAACAGCGGCAGAAGAUGCCCGGCAAACAGUUCUUCUCUCUCAGUUGAGCAGACUAUGCCUUGUAAAUUGUCAAAUAUACCACUGAAUUACUCAAACGGUAAUAAUAUUAUUAGUUUAUUGACUAUCGAAUCGUAUGGAUUUUUAUAACACGCUAAUAAUAUUUAAUCUAAUACCGUUGAACCAUGUAAUCAAUUACAUGCGAAGUAGAGGUAUUUCAAAUUGAGCAGAGGGUACAUUGUAGCGGUUAACCGCUGAAAUUUCAAGUCGUGUAUACCUAUAUCGAUACUCCAAUAUUAAAUGAUAAACAGAUAUUACGAUUACACUAUAUAAAUAAAACUAUUGCACUAAAAGUGCCUGGAGGAGUCAACGUAGCCAAUAAAAUAUGUUCUAGCUAAUCGUUAACAGUACCUACCUACGCGAUAUUUUGUAGUAAAUACCUACUCGAAUUGUUAAACCUUGUCGUAUGAAACUGUUGUAAAAUUACUGUUUGAGCGCUUGGAUUUUAAUUUUGUUGUUUCAGAUUUAAAACAAUACCUAGAUCAUAUUUCCUUAAUAUUUCACAAGUUUUCCGUAAACCGGCUGUGUUCUAUGUGACAGAGUCUAACGUUAUAAUAACUUAUAAAGUAGGUAAUUAUAUAAAAUACUUACUAAGUUAACUUAAACUGUCUAAAACAAGUUGAUUAAUUCGAGAGAUUUAAGUAUUGAAACACAGUUAAUAAUGUAGAUACGCCAGCUACGAGAUACAUAUAAUAAAAUUCUGUUUUAAAAACCUACUUAUGUGUUUCAAAUACUUGUGACAUAAUUUAUUUUGUCAGUUGAAGAAAAUGAUUAGCUGGAUUGUUUUUACCGGUUUUAUGAUUUCCUCUUUAAUGCGAAUCAAAGUAUUUGUAUGCAAUAUUUUUCAUAAGCAAUAUAAAUAGGUACACGUGUGUUCUAUAGACUGAUAUAUUGUCUUAUGGUGAUUUCAAUGAAAUUUAGGGAUGAAUGUAAGUUUAAAAAGUUUGAAAAGAGCAUUUAAUAAUUUGGGCUCGGAAUCUCAGUUUGAAUUGUGGAUUUGGUAUGUUUUGUUUUUUUAGAUUGGCCUUCUGUAUACUCGUUGUAAUGUUUAUUCCUUUCUUCUUGAGUAGAUCCAGUUGGUAUAGUAUUAACGAAAAAACCUACUCCUGUUGAAAAAUAAUAUUUGAAUUAAUCACUCGCGAAAUGUAUAUUAAGUUUUAUUUAUGAUAUUCGACUUGGAUUUGGCUCUUUUUAUGUGAGUAUGUUUAGCUAGUAGGUAUAUAAAAAGAUGCCCUAAAUUAUUUACUUAUAUCGUUAAAAUAAAUAAGCUACCUAAGGCAAUAGAUUAAAAAAACUCCUUUACAUAAUUUUACUAAAGGGCGUAUGUAUAUAAGUCCCUUUAAUACCUAUUACUAAUAUUUUUAAAACAAAGCGAAUUAAAUAACGUUGUCGGGUUUACCAAAUAAAUGUGCUUGACGAAAAUUUUAUUUAACUGAUCACAGAGGCUCUACCUCGAACUACUUACUUCGGGCACUCGUUUAUUCAUCUUUCUAUCGGAGCCAAGAACAGAUAAGAAGAAUAAGAAUAGAUAGGAGAGGUAUAACGAAAUUUCGAUUUUUCGUUCCUGUGGUAGGUCCUAGGUGGUAGAUGUUUGCCAUAUUGUCGUUACCUAUCGCUAGAUCGCGUUCCGUUGUCGCUUUUGUCGUAUUUAAGACAAGAUUCUUACAGUUCAAUUCACUCAAAUCGAUAUGGCGCAUUUGGCAGAUACGACGACAUUAUUUAUUUAUUGUGUAUAAUUGUAAAUUGUACGAAUGUGAUAAGGGUGCAUGUAUCUAAGUGUUUACAAGUAGAAUCCUAUAGUCUGCGCAUGAGCUUCGAGGACUUGUAUGGAAUCCCCGCUUCCCUUUACAGCGACGAUCACACCCUCUCGCUUUUUUAGUCAAAAAAUCGUCUAAGCUCGUGCACAAACUCUAUUUUGCUUUUGACGAUCGAAAUGUAGAAACUUUUGUACUAAUACUUUUAUAGAAUACAAUAGUUUUAGUAGCGGCUAUGUUCUGUGAUAAAGAGAUGUGCCUUACUUUAUUUAUAUGCAUCUACUCGCUGAAAAGGCAUAUUUUCUUUUUAAUUUUUUUGGUUUUACUUCGCUAUGUAUGCA